GAUGACGUUGAUGUUUGACAUAAUCUGUCAAUAAAAUUUAAACGAACAUGGAAAAAUUAUUCACAUUUCCGUUUUUAUUGCUUGAAAUACCGAAUAUUAAAUUAAAAAGGCCGUCAUGGCUUCAUCAACCUUCACCGAAAACAAUGUUUGCGAUAGUUUUGUUAUCGUACUUUUUGGUUACCGGAGGAAUCAUUUAUGAUGUUAUUGUGGAACCUCCAAGCGUAGGAUCAACCACGGAUGAACACGGACAUUCUAGACCGGUAGCUUUUAUGCCUUACCGUGUUAAUGGUCAAUAUAUUAUGGAAGGAUUAGCAUCAAGCUUUUUGUUUUCAAUGGGUGGGUUAGGGUUUAUAGUUUUGGAUGGAAUCCAUUCGCCGUUAACCCCAAAAUUAAACAGAUUAAUGUUGACCGGGGUUGGGUUUAUUUGCGUUUUGGUGUCGUUUUUUACAACGUGGGUGUUUAUGAGAAUGAAAUUACCCGGUUAUUUGCAAUCAUAAUCACAAUUAUGGAUUUUUUUUAAAUGAAAAUUAAUUAAAGAAAUGAUUAAGUCGAA